UUUACCAUCCUGCUUUGAUUGCACUAUAUAUAUAGGUCCAUCUCUCUUGACCAAGACAUCAUCAACUCAACAGAGUUCAGCUUUAGAAACCCUAAUCCUCUAGUCAUAUCCAAAGCUUUAAUCACAAGAAGAAGAAGAAGAAGAAGAAGAAGAAAGAAAGAUAACAUGGGUUACUGGUCUGCUGAGAAUGCUACUAAUGCCUACCUCAAAACUUUGAGAAUGGGCCAAAGAGUAAACGAGCCAGAUGUAGCUGAAUUCAUUUCGGCAUUAGCGGCUGGUAACAAUGCACAGCUAAUGGUUGUAGCAUGUGCCAAUGCUGCUGCCACCACUUCAUUAGCCUUGGUAGCUGCUGCUUAUCAAACUGGUGGGCGUGUGGUUUGCAUCCUUCCUGGACAUCAAGAAUUACAAUUGUCUCAGAAGAUCCUGGGCUAUGAUGCCUGUCAUGUUGAGUUUGUUAUUGGAGAAGCUCAAAGUCUACUAUUAACCCCCUACAGUGAGGCAGAUUUUGUGCUUAUUGAUUGCAACCUUGAGAACCAUGAAGCUAUUCUUGGAUCAGUACAAGCUAGAAAGAAAAGAAAUGGAGCUGUUGUUGUGGGGUAUAAUGCUUUUAGCAAGGGAUCAUGGCGGUCUGGUGGGUCGAAAACACAGUUGUUGCCUAUUGGAGGAGGAUUGCUAGUGACCAGAAUUUCUGCCAGUGCCAAGAUUGCUGAUGGCUGUGGUUAUGGAAAGAGGAGUCAUUGGGUUGUUAAGGUAGAUGAAUGUACAGGUGAAGAGCAUGUUUUCAGGGUCAGGUUUCCACAAGGAAAGCAGAUUGAAGCUUAAUUUUCUCUUUUAGUGCUCCAAUUAGUUCUAAUCUAGAGAAUCAUCAAGAUGUAAAUACGUACCAAGUUAUUGAACUGUAAUGCUCAAUUACUCAAAUUUUGAGAAUGGAAAACAUAACUCAA